AUGGGCAACUGCCCUUGUCGAUAUUGUCCGCUGUUUUCAUAUCAAAAUAAAAAUACUUCCGUCUACAAAAUCCCCCACACUGUUUCGAUUUCGGAUACAAGCAGUCAUACUAGCGGGAUGUCGACGUGGAGAGCCACAAUAGGUGCGAAGCCUCCAAUAGCACCAAAACCGACGGAGGAAGAUGAAUGGGAGACCGAUCCAGAUUUUGUUAAUGACAUGGAUGAAAAAGCAAGCCGUUGGGGUGCUAAAACUGUGGAAGGAUCCGGUCAUCAAGGACAUUUCAGCGUAGAGAAGAUGAGGCAAGAGGCUCUUGAAGCGGACAAAAUCCACCAGUCGAAAAUGCUUGAGCAAAUGCCAAAGGCUAGCGAGGGUUAUGGAGGCAAAUUUGGUGUAAUGACCGAUAGGAUGGACAAGGCAGCAGUGUCAUUCGACUACAAAGGCAAAGUAGACCCACAUGCCUCUCAAAAAGAUUAUGCUGUUGGAUUUGGUGGUAAAUACGGGGUUCAAACAGACAGGAAAGAUAAAUCUGCUGCCGGAUGGGACGAAAAAGUUGAACUGUCGAAACAUGAAAGUCAGAAAGAUGCAUCAUCCGGCUACGGCGGUCGUUUUGGCGUUCAAAAGGACAGAAAAGACAAGUCAGCUGUAGGAUGGGACGAAAAAGUGGAGCUUUCGAAGCAUGAAAGUCAAAAAGACGUUGCUACCGGUUACGGAGGCCGUUUUGGAGUACAGAAAGAUCGCGUGGAUAAGUCUGCAGUGGGCUGGGAUGAACAUACAGAUCUUACAAAGCAUGAGAGUCAAAUGGACUAUAAAAAAGGGUUCGGUGGAAAGUUUGGAGUCCAGACUGAUAGGCAGGACAAAUCGGCAGCCGGAUGGGAUACACUUGAGCAAGUCCCAAAACACCCCAGUCAGCAAGAUUACAAACAAGGUUUCGGUGGCAAAUUCGGUGUGCAAUCAGAUAGACAAGAUAAGUCUGCCGUUGGAUACGAUACUCAUGACGAUUUGAAAAAGCAUGAAAGUCAAAUGGACUAUAAAAAAGGAUUUGGAGGCCAGUUUGGUGUGCAGAGUGACAGGCAGGAUCGAAGCGCUGUAGGUUUUGAGUACCAUCAGCAGCUUUCCAAGCAUGAGAGCCAGCUUAUCAACAAAGGUAUUGACAAAAGUAAUGACCAAACACGCGGUGAUGCGGAGCCCGCCAAGAAGGUGGUUACUCAGCGCGAUGACGUCCCCAGCGGUAAAGGACUUGCUUCAAAUCUUCGCGCACGUUUUGAGAAGUUGGCUGCCGGAGAUUCUGAUGCUGAUCGCGUUGCUGCUGAACGUGAGAAGCGAAAACGAGAAGAUGAGGCCCUCAAAGAACAGCAGAGGCGCGAGGAGGAGGAGAGACAGCGUCGUAUUGAAGAAGAAUGGCAGAGGCAUCAAGCCGAACAUCCCGUUGAUGAGGAACAACAACGUGAAGCAGAAACAGCCAAUGAGCUAAGCUAUCAGCAAAUGACUAAGCGGAAGAGCGCAGGUCCUGCUCCCGGAGCAGUUCCUAUCCUGCCUGGUGUUUCCUUACCGCAUGCGGCUCCGCCUGCUCAACAUACGUAUGAUGUACUUCCGGAAGAGGAAGCCCCUGCACCAGCGCCUCCGGUACAAGUGCUGCCCAUGGGAGGAAGAGGUGCAACAGACUUAGGACCUCGUGCUGCACCUGUUUCCACAGUAGGCAAUCAUGUACCUGCCGCCGCAGUUGUCCAUCCUCCAUCUGCUCCUGCUGGAUCGACGCCCGCAGCGCCUGUCCUUGCUUGUGAACUGCGUCGCCAGCCAUCCAGUGACGAAGAAGUCGACAAUGAAGCUGAGUGGGAGGAAGAAGAAAAAACUUACAAGAGGAAUCCUCACACUACGCCUCCUCCUGCCAUUAGCCCUGUCAAUAAUCCAGUUCCAAAGGAAGAACCGAAAUCGUACACUUUACCACAAGCUGCUAUGUCGUCACGAUACGAUGUAGUUCCUGGAGAUAUUGACGAAGCUCCCCCGCUUCCUACUGGUGCUCCUCCUGCUGCUCCACCUGCUGAUCUUGCGGCUCGAUACGAGUUACCUCCUGAGGAACCAGCCAUUUCUGCACCCAUACAAAAACCACCUUCCAAGGCUCCAGCAAAUCAAGGCUUAACAGCGAUUGCUAUAUAUGAUUAUCAAAAGAAUGAUGAUGAUGAGAUUAGUUUUGAACCAGAUGAUAUCAUCACAAACAUUGAACAGAUCGAUGCUGGCUGGUGGAGAGGAAUGUGUAACGGUCAAUACGGCUUGUUCCCCGCGAACUAUGUUGAGUUGAGGUGAAUCGGAUAGAAUGGUUAAAUAUCUUCACUUUGAAGAGUGACUUACAUUAACAUCUGCCGUUAAUAUUUUCCCGACUUUCAGUUAUUUUUUUCGUUACUAAUAAUGUUGUUAAUAAGUCUUGAUGUGCAGCCGGUGUGCUACUUCAACAUGUCACAUAUUCUCAUAUCUUUGCAGUCGGUCACAAUGUGCUCUGAGUUAUUCGUUUUUUUUUGCAUGUUUGUAGGUCAUGUUUUAUAUAAUUUUGCAAAGUCUUCCGAACUAGUUUUCCUUAAAUAUGCUUGCAGCUUUGUAUUUAAGAUAAACUUGGAUCUUGUUUAUUAACCUUAUAGCUAUAGCAAACAUUGCCAUUAGUCAACCCUGCACAUCCCUGUUGACCUUUGAUACGUAUUUGCACUCCUAAUUUAAGGGCUGUAUUUUUGAAGCAAGCUCAAAUCGCCAAC